AUGCCGCACCAUCCAGACGAACAACGAAGCCAGGGCCAGGACUCUGCCCAAAUCCCCACAAAACUUCCUGACCCGACUCAGAAUCCGAGGCGCUUCAGAGAAUUCGAUCUACAAGGGAAGGUUUUCAUCGUGACGGGAGGAGGACGAGGUCUGGGCCUUUCAUUAGCUGAGGCAUUAGUGGAGGCUGGAGGUCAGGUCUACUGUCUCGACCGCCUCAAUGAGCCCGACGAAGAGUUUAAUGCGGUCGCAGAACGUCUCGCUACUUCUUUCCGAGGCUCGCUCCAUUACGGCCACAUGGAUGUUCGCAACACCAAUCACCUUGAAGGCAUCGUGGAUUCUAUUGCAGGCAAGCACUCGCGCCUCGAUGGUCUGAUUGCUGCGGCCGGAGUCCAAUAUAUCAGUCACGCUCUCGACUAUCCUCCCCACGAAAUCAUGGAAAUGAUGGAUAUCAAUUUCAAGGGUGUUUUUUGCGCUGCGGCUGCAUGUGCCCGCCAGAUGAUUCGCUUCCGGUGCAAAGGGAGCAUCGUCCUUGUGGCCAGUAUGAGCGGCUUCGUCGCUAACAAGGGUCUCAUCACCAGUGUGUACAAUUCUAGCAAGGCUGCGGUGGUCCAGUUGUCCAAAAAUCUGGCAAUGGAGUGGGGUAAGGCCAUCAAGCGUGAGGAUGGAUCGAUUGAGGGAGGGAUUAGAGUAAAUGCCUUGUGUCCGGGCCAUAUCAUCACGCCAAUGGUGGAGAAGAAUUUUGAAGAAGUACCAGGGUUGAAGGAAACAUGGGAGAAGGAGAAUAUGUUGGGGAGGCUAUCAUUCCCGACCGAAUACCGAGGUGCGGCUCUAUUCCUGCUCAGUGAUGCGAGUAGUUUCAUGACGGGCGCUUCAUUGGUUAUUGAUGGUGGCCAUACCGCUUGGUAA